AUGAACAGGCCAGGAGACUGGAACUGCAGGUCGUGCCAGCACCUCAACUUCCAGAGGAGGGACUCGUGCCAGCGGUGUGGAGACCCGAGGCCCGCGGCUGCUUCAAAUGCGGGGCCCUCAAGGACGACGCCGGCCCCGGAGGAGGAGGGUUUGACGGCGACUUCUCGCGUCCCCGUGGCUUUGGAUUCGGUGGCGGCAGCCGCUCCGGGUGGAAGUCCGGCGACUGGAUGUGCACUAGAUCGGGAUGCAACGAGCACAACUUCGCGAGCCGGAUGGAGUGCUUCAGGUGCAAUGCGCCAAGGGAAUUCAGUGGCAAAUCUUCAUUUUAAGCCAACGUUUUCUGUUCUAAGGUAAUUAAAAUUUAACGCAUACUCAUACUCAUGCUGAUCAUAUUUGGGUUAUAUAUUUUUUUUCAUAUAAUAAAAAUGGUUUUAGAUGUGUAUUUCAGUUAUUCUUGUAAUUUAAUUUUUAUACAUUUCAUAAAAUCUCAUAAAUAAUUUUCUUAUAUACUUUUCUUCGAUAUCCACUCAAACUCUAUCCCUCUCUUCCGUUGCAUGUAGAUGAUCAACGGAAGGUGGUAGUAAGAUAACAAAGAAAUUAAAGACGGCUUUCUCAGAUUUUAAGGGAUUUAGGUAGACCUGAUUUAAGAAUAAUUAAUUAAGACAUUAACUUUUUAAUUAAGUUCUAUUUUUUUUUUUAAUUCAAAAGGACAAUUAAGAAAUUUGGGGUGAGUACUACUGAAUUGUGGAGCUCCAUCAGUAAAUAAAUAAGUAGGGUCAAUUGUGGUAUUUCGCUGACAUAAAUAAAGUUGUGCAGGUUCGAGAUUUGGACACUCCAAAAGAAGCUGAUGAUGAACGUCUUUUUGCAUCCUCUACUUGGGAUUUUGGCUGCUUUUUCUACCUUUAUUUUCCUUUUUUUUUUUCUUCAUAUUUUAAUUUUCAUUUUGAGUUUUAGGAAUAUGCCUUAGCCCAGCUAUGAUUGCGAAUUUAUGUUAGACCAAAAUCCUUUCGUUAGUGAGCUUUGUUUUAGUAGUACGUAGUAUUAUGAGAUACUUGUUGCAUGCCUUUUGUAUUUCUCUCUCUUAAUUAAUUUUCUUUGUGUGUGAGCAUUUCCCCAUUUUUAAAUCAUUACCAGCUUUCAAUAUUAUGUUGAUGAUAUUGAUGAUUAAUUGAUUAUAAAUAAAUUUAAAGAGGAAAAAAA